AUGUCAGAUUCCAACACCACUGACUUCACCAACCCCUCCACCUUCAUCCUGCUGGGCAUUCCCGGCCUGGAGGCGGCUCAUGUGUCACAUCUCUGGAUCUCCAUCCCCUUCUGCACCAUGUACAUGAUAUCCAUCUUGGGGAACUUCACCAUCCUCAUCAUCGUGAAGAUGGAGUCGAGCCUGCAUGGACCCAUGUACUAUUUCCUCUGCAUGCUAGCUGUCAGUGAUCUGGUCCUGUCAACGUCCAUCCUGCCCAAAAUGCUGAGAAUCUUCUGGUUCGGUUCCACAGAGAUCGAUUUCAGUGCCUGCCUCACACAAAUGUACUUCAUUCACUGCUUCUCAACGAUGGCAUCUGGGAUUUUAGUGGCCAUGGCUUUCGAUCGCUUUGUGGCCAUCUGUGAUCCCCUGAGACAUUGCACCAUGCUGACAAACCCCACGGUGGCCAAGAUGGGCUUAGCCAUAGCGCUGCGCGGUGCAAUACUUGUGUUGCCGUAUCCCCUCCUUGCACGUCAGUGGCCAUAUUGUAGAACCAACACUGUCCUGCAUUCUUACUGUGAGCACAUCGCAGUGGUGAAGCUGGCCUGUGCUGAUGUCCGUGUCAGUAGUUACUAUGGGCUUUUUGUGGCAUUCUCUGUGAUUGGUACAGAUGUAUUUCUUAUCACUGUGUCCUAUAUUCAGAUCCUCAGGGCCAUCUUCAGACUCCCCACAAGGGAGGCCCGGCUCAAGACUUUUGGGACCUGUGGUUCCCAUCUGUGUGUCAUCUUAGUCUUUUACAUCCCAGGUCUCUUCUCCUUCAUCACACAUCGGUUUGGUCACAAUGUGCCCCUGCAUUUCCACAUUCUCUUUGCCAAUGUGUAUGUCCUGGUGCCCCCGAUGCUAAACCCCAUUAUCUAUGGGGUGAGGACCAAACAAAUCUGGCAAAGGCUGCUCCAUCUCUUUACUCCUAAACAGACCUAA